AUUCGGCGAAAGUUAUCUAAUUGUGUUGUGUUGUGUUUCAACUCCCAGCCAUAACCCAAUUGCACCCAAUUUCGAAGCCGGAUGAAAAGAUGCCCUGUUGGUACUAUGACAAGAAGGAACUUCGCGAGACACCUUCAAUAUUGGAGGGCAUCAGCUUUGAGACAGAGCGACGCUAUCGAAAGGAGGGCGCCCGUUUCAUUAUGGAGUGCGGAACGAAAAUGGGACUCGGCCACAAUACGAUGGCCACGGGAGUGGUGUAUUUCCAUCGAUUCUACAUGUUCCAUUCGUUCAAAUGUUUUCCCCGCUACCUGACUGCCUGCUGUUGCCUCUUCUUUGCCGGCAAGGUGGAGGAGACACCGAAAAAGUGUAGAGAUAUCAUAAAGACCGCUCGCGGCAUUCUCAGUGAUAACUAUUUCUAUUCCUUUGGUGAGGAUCCCAAAGAGGAGGUAAUGACCCUGGAAAGGAUACUGUUGCAAACGAUCAAAUUCGACCUACAGGUCGAGCAUCCGUAUACAUUCCUCCUGAAAUAUGCCAAAUGUUUUAAAGGCGAUCAACAGAAGCUGCAAAAAAUGGUCCAAAUGGCUUGGAAUUUCGUCAAUGACUCACUGAGUACGGUCGUAUGUCUGCAAUGGGAGCCCGAAAUCAUUGCAGUUGCUCUCAUACACUUGGCCAGUAAGUUGAGUAAAUUCACGGUGCAAGAUUGGGAGGGCAGGCAACCGCAUCAUCAACGAUGGUGGGAUAUGUUUGUGUCAGAUGUUACCAUGGAAAUAUUGGAGGAUAUAUGCCAUCAGGUUUUGGAUUUAUAUCAAUCCUCUCAGAAAGAGAGUCAACAUCCCAGCAAUAGUCCACCACAGAAGCCACCAAGUCGAGCUGAUAGUCCGCCAACAAUCCAAAAUAAUUCAAACCAACAGCAGAUGCCGCAACAACAGCAGUCCCAGCAGCAACAACUACCGCAACAACAACAUCAACAGCAGCAACUAGCAACAUCUGCUGUUCCACUGACCUCUGCUUCGACGUCCACAUGCACUGGAAACGGCAGCCAUGUGGAUUUAAAUAAUAUACAAAAUAUCAAAUCACUAGCCAAUGUCAUGAAUCACGAUGCACUGCCGCCGAUACCAACAGUUGGUUCCGGUUCUGGUCCCCCUGGUAACUAUCAUUUGUAUCAUCCACCCCCACCACCGCCACCACCAGUAGUGCCUUUGCCACCCUACACCGGACCACCAUCCUGGGCGCCGCCUCCACAGCAUUAUAAUGCUGGCGGUCCAGUUGUGCCGCCGCCACCCAUGCCGCCGGGCAUGAAUCCACCUGGCGGUGGCGGCGGAUACUACAACGCCGGUGGCGGUCGCCAUCAGCCACCGCAACGAUAUCAAUAGACAAAAAAAAAUAAUGAGGAGGGGAUGAUCUCCAAUUUCAUCUCAGUUUUAUAAAUAUUCUAAAUAAUUAAUAAAGCGUAAUUUUAUUA